AUGCCAGCCGAGCUCAAAGCCUCCAGCCUCUACUUCUCGCCCAUCUCGCCCAGCCACAAGCCGACUGCCGGCAAAGACGGUUAUGGGAAAUACAUGCUGACCGUCCCCUGGAGUCGCACCUCGGGCUGGGGCCAGCCCAAGAUCGCUGCACGCCAGGAUAUCUCCCUCGACCCUCUCGCCGGUGUGCUGCAGUAUGCCGUCACCUGCUUCGAGGGCAUGAAGUGCUACAAGGACGACCAGGGCGAGCUCCGCCUCUUCCGGCCGGCCAAGAACUUUGACCGCCUUAAGCGCUCUGCCGCCCGCGUCGGCCUCCCCGACCAGUGGGACAACGAUGAGCUCCUAGACCUCCUCGGCAAGCUCCUUGACCUUGAGUCUGAUCUUGUUCCCGCAGUUGACGGCGAGAACCUCUACAUCCGGCCCACGCUCCUCGAGACGUCCGAGUCAUUUGGCAUUAAGGACGACGCAUACGCGUCCGACGCCCUGCUCUACGUUGUCACGAGCCUAAACCUCGGCAAGGGUCUCUACGCGUCGUCCGAGGGGGAGGGAAUCCGUCUGGAUGCGUGCAGCCAGUUCAUCCGCGCCUGGCCAGGAGGCCACGGCAGCUACAAGCUCGGUGCCAACUACGGCACUGUUCAGGUCGCAAAGCGCCCCGGCUAUGCCAUGUCGCUCUGGCUCCACACCGUAGAUGGCAAGGAAUACCUCUCAGAGGCCGGCGGAAUGAAUGUCUGGGUCAUCAAGGAGGCCAAGGACGGCUUCCUCGAGUUCACCACCAUGGGUCUUGAGAACGGCAUCGUCCUCCCAGGUAUCACUCGUGAGAGCAUCAUCGAGCUUCUCAACGAUCACGCCUCAGGCAAGGCCGAGUUCCCAAUCGCUGGUAUGCCCAAAAACAUCCGCGUUGUUGAGCGCGACAUCCCCAUGGAGGAGAUCACCGAGGGCGUCAAGGACGGCUCGCUCAAAGGAAUGUUCGGUUGCGGCACUGGAGUCGUUGUCGUCCAGAUCGGAAACAUCACGAGCCAGGGCAAGGAGUACAAGAUCCCCUCGAAUCCCCUGAUCAAGCUCCUCCGCGACGCAAUGACGGGCAUCCAGCGUGGUAGAAUCGAGCACGGUGACUGGUCGUACGUUGUCCCCGGAUGGGAUGGGAAGCAGCACGAGCACGACGUCGACGGUCAGAAGGUUAUCGCUUAG